AUGAGAAAUUCAACAACGAAACGGUGGCAAGCUCCCCACUGGCUGUGGGGGUUAUUGCUGGUUGCCACGGUAUCUUACCUGCCGGUAGCACAGGGGCAAGAACAGUGUCCCGCCUACCGAGAACCUGAUGACCCCAACACACACUAUGAUUACGUCAACGAUGACGGUAAAUCGAUCCAAUUCGAGGCUCCUGAUGGAUGUCCCUGUGUGGAUGGCAUGUCCGAUUUGUACUGUGCCCAUUGCGAGACGGAUCAAGGAUGUCAAAGCGAAAAGCCGAGCCAAAUUUGCAGCAAGACCUUUUACUAUACCGAAGAUACCCCUUACAAGUCCUACAAAUGCCGUCUAUUUGGAUUGCUCGAGGGUCUUUUCACCAACGGCAAGUUAUCCAUCUAUGUGAACACGACAGCAAAGGAAGUCUUUAUGACGAUUUAUAAUUGGGAUAUUGACGAACCAAUCAACGGAGUGCAUGCCGUGGACUGCGUUCUUUCCGGUUGUGAUAUACCAGUGGGCGGGACCGAUGGUGGAUGUGCCUCGACAACUUGCAAGUGUACGGAUGAGUGUAGUGAUUUUACAAGAAACAUCAUGGAGAAUCUCAUUGGUGGCAAUCCUGCUACGGUGAAUAUGUUUGAAAAUGAAAAUGGAGGAUCUGAAGGGGCUCUGGUCAAACUAAACAUAGACGGAGCACCUUUUAAAAUCGAAGCCCUCUGCAAUGCAUCUGCGUGUGUGGAAGAUCCCAACUACAUGGCUUUUGACCCUAUCGCUGCCGCGGCACUGGCAGCUGGUGAAAAUGCCACUUUGGCCCCGCUUGUGUCAUACGUUCAAGGCUGGGAAACCAGUUCUUACUUUGCACUGAUUGUUCUCGUGGCCAUUGUCGGGUUCUUUUGUUUUCUGACAGUUCUGGUGGCAAUUCCGUACAUGUGCACGCAACAUCAAAGCGCUCCGAAAUUGGGGUCCAAGUCCUUUGAUGAGACUACCAGCUAUGCCCCGAGUCCCACAGGGAGCCUCGAACAAGCCAACGCUCCCAAACACGUUUUGGAGUUUCGACAUAUUAGUAAAGUGGUCAAGCUCCGAUCAGCUGCCGCCAGAAAGCACGGUAGCAACAAAAAGGCGAUUCUCAACAACAUUUCGGGGCGUGCCGAGUCCGGAACAUUGAUGGCCAUCAUGGGGCCGAGUGGCAGUGGAAAAAGUAGCCUUCUCAAUGUAAUCGCCACGGUGGCCACCAGGGGUGCUUCACGUGUGUCUGGGCAGAUUCUUUUGAACGGAGUGGUGCAAAAGAGAGGGUACCGAAACCAGGUGGCAUACGUUCAGCAGGAUGACUCGCUUUAUAGCACCCUCACAGUUAGGGAGUGCCUGGAGUAUUCAGCCCUGUUGCGCCUUCCCAAGGCCAUGAAAGUAUCCGAAAAACAGGCACAAGUCUGGCAGACGCUGCAAGAAUUGCGACUAACUGAAGUCUCCGACAACCGCAUUGGGGCUACGAACGGAAAUGGAAGAGCUGGCAUAUCUGGUGGUGAGAGAAAGAGAGUAUCCAUUGGUAUGGAACUAGUUGCGAAGGCUCCUGUGAUAUGUCUCGAUGAGCCAACAUCGGGGCUCGAUGCUUAUGGAGCAAAUCAGCUCGUCAAGGUGCUGCAUCAACUGGCUGCGAGAGGCAACCGUGUUGUCAUCCUUUCCAUUCAUCAGCCAUCCAUGAAGUCCUUCAUGUCGAUGGAUAAAAUCUUGCUUCUUGGCCACGGGCGAUGCAUGUACACCGGCUCACCGGAUGAUGUUGCCGGGUACUUGGAAGCACGCGGAUUCCCAUGUCCACCCAUGGAGACGGUCGCAGACCACAUGUUAGAUGUUGUUUCCAAGAAGAAAAACUUGAGCAGUCUUAAGGGAGAGGAUGCAACAGCAAUCAAUUACGCAAGGCUUUGCGUGGAAAAGGCCCCCGAGAGCAAUGAUGAUCCAACCACAUCACAACCAUUCACAACCUACAUGAAAGACACAGCAGGGGGGACAGGUGGAGAAUGGAGAGAAAUUUCCGGCGAAAGACACUCAAUCUUCAACGAGAUUACCGUCCUUUUUGCCAGGGCUGCAAAGGAUAUUAUCCGCAAUAAGGAGCUAUUUCUCAUGCAGGUCACUAUCAGUCUGAUUCUGGCACUGUUUGCUGGAGGAAUUUUCAACGACGUCUCGAAUAAUCUUGCCGGCUUCCAGAACCGCACAGGAGCAUUCUAUUUCUCCUUGUCCUUCUUUGCGUUUGCUUCCUUUAGCUCAAUGGACCUGUUUAUUCGGGAGCAACACAUCUUUGUGCGCGAGACAGGAGCCAAGUACUACGGGACGUUCCCUUAUUUCUUGACCAAGAAGGUGCUUGACCUUUUUAUGCUGCGGGUUAUCCCAGUGGCUCUCUUCACCUUCAUCUUCUACUGGAUGAUGGGGCUAAAGAACACGGCCCCUGCCUUUGUGACGUACUUGGCCACAAUGGUGCUAUUCAACGUUUGCGCUGGCGUCAUGUCGAUUUGCAUAAGUAUUGCUACUCCAACCGUGGGGCAAGCAAACUUGAUUGCUGCCGUCUGGUUCUUGGUUAUGCUUCUGUUUGGCGGCUUCUUGCUUAACAUCCAGACGAUGGACCCUUGGUACUCUUGGCUCAAAUACCUGUCAAUCUUCUACUACGCAUUUGAGGUCCUGAUGGCAAAUGAGCUGAUGGGUCUGGUGCUAUCCUUCGAUGCGCCAGGUUAUCCGGCUCUUCCCGUUGAAGGCGAGGUUUUCCUCCAAACUAUAGGAAUGAACCCCGACAACCAGCUCCGCAACUUGAUUUGUUUGUGUGCUUUGGCUCUGGGCUUUGCCGUACUGGCAUUCUUCCUGUUGCUCCUCCGAGUUCCUCCUAGCGCCAACAAACUUUUCACCGCGAUGCAGAAGGAGAAUAAACGACUGGCAAUGACGUUGAAAAAGAGGCCAUCCACUAUGGCGGCUGCGUCGGGACCAUUAUCGACGUCGGGCUCAGCGAGGUUGACUCUGCAACAGGCUGGAGACGACGCCAUUCUUAUCUCUCCUGCGUCUCAUGCAUCCAAUGAUCAGUAUAGCUUCGAGGCGAUGAAAACUGACCUAACCCCAGACGCCGUUGACGUGGACAGCACCGACUCUGAUGCCGUUGAAAUUUGA